CCGUAGCUCUCCCAGCUGUUCGUGUCUCAGAGUUUCGUGGAGCUCUUGGCACGCGCGGGUAGCUCCUACGAGCUCGUAGGUGAAGGACAGCACGCCAAGCACGCGCGCUCUUUCUCUCUUUCUCUCUCUCUCUCUCCCUCUCUCUCUCCAUCCGUGUGUGUGUGAGCGUGUGCACUCGUGUUUCCUUUAAAUCUCCUUACUCUCGGACAUCUCACUCCAGGCACUCGUCCGCUCUCGUCCCGCUCUGGUGCAUUCCCUUGGAGGACUGUUUGUUUCUUUCUCUCCCUUCUUUCCUUUUAUUUAUUUUUUUCUUCUACCACGCAAAGCGCUUUUUUCCAGCUCUUUCACUACACCGGCACGGCGCGAGCGACCGGAUCACGGCGGCGCGCGCCUACAGAUGCGUGCGUGCGCAGGGAGCAGAGGCGCGAGCUGAGCAGCGAUGGCGCGCCCGUGGAGCGCACGCUGCCUGUGCUGGAGCCUCGUGGCAGCCGUCAGCGUGUUCCUGCCACCCGCCGGAGCCAGAGGAAAUCGAGCUGGGCUUUCAACCGCAUCCGGGACCCUGCCUCGCUUUCUUCAGGAGCCGGAUGAUGCUUACAUCGUCAAAAGCAACCCGAUUAAGCUCCAGUGCCGAGCUAGGCCUGCGCUGCAGAUCUUCUUCAAGUGCAAUGGAGAGUGGGUUCACCAGAACCAACACACAUCACUGGAACACAUAGAUCUAGAAACAGGUUUGAAGAUUCGUGAAGUGAUGAUAAAUGUCUCUCGACAGCAAGUGGAAGAUUUUCACGGUCCUGAGGAUUACUGGUGUUUGUGUGUGGCCUGGAGUCACCUGGGCACAGCCAAGAGUCGUAAAGCCACAGUCCGCAUCGCAUACCUGAGGAAGAACUUUGAGCAGGAGCCACAGGGGACAGAGGUGCCCAUUAAAGGCAUGAUCGUCCUCCAUUGUCGUCCUCCAGAGGGAGUUCCUCAAGCUGAGGUGGAAUGGCUGAAGAAUGAUGAACCAGUCAGCACACACUCUGAAGCUCAUUUCGAUACACGAGCAAAUCACAACCUGAUUAUCCACGAAGCACGACUCUCAGAUUCAGGAAAUUACACUUGUGUAGCCAACAAUGUCGUGGCUAGAAGACGUAGUGCCUCAGCUACUGUUGUUGUUUAUGUGAACGGAGGUUGGUCGUUAUGGUCCGAUUGGUCGAGCUGUAGUGUGCAGUGUGGGCGGGGUUUUAUGAAACGCACACGCAUGUGCACCAAUCCAGCACCGCUGAAUGGAGGAGCAUUCUGUGAAGGUGUUUCAGUGCAGAAGACCAGCUGCUCCUCACCAUGUCCAGUGGAUGGUGGCUGGUCCGGGUGGUCUCUCUGGUCUGUGUGCGGUUCAGAAUGUGAACGCUGGCGAGCUAGAGAGUGUGUAAACCCAGAACCCAAACAUGGAGGUGAAAUGUGUGAUGGAAGUGCACUGGACACUGAGAACUGCACUGGCGAUCUGUGUUCUCAAGAUAAAAAGCUUCUGCAUGAUUUGAAGGUUCCUCAAGCGGAGCCAGAGGUCAACAAUGAUGUGGCUCUAUACUCAGGCCUGGCAGGCGGUGCAGUCGCCGUGGUGAUGCUGAUCAUCGUUGUGACCCUCUACAGGCGGAGCCACAGCGAGUGCGGCGUUGAUGCUAUCGAUGCUUCUGUGCUCACUGGAGGAUUCCAGUCCUUCAGCUUUAAGAGCAAUGCACAGGGUAACCCGUUACUGAUGAACCCAGGUCACUCUGUGUCAUAUUCAAGCCCCAUGUGUUUUCCUGACUCGACCGAUAAAGAGCUCAUUUUCCACCCGCUACCUGAUGUCAAGGUUAAAGUUCACAGCUCCUUCAUGAUGUCUCUGGGUGUGACAGAAGGAACGACUCAUCGCUCAAAAGCUCCACACCUUACAUUUCCCCAUGAUGGUAUGAUUGAGGGGAGAAGCAAGGAGUUUCUGAUGGCUCCACCCACUAGCAUGCCAAUACACAAGACCAGUGGGCAUUUUGGGCAUAAUGGAGGGCGAUUAGUGCUGCCACACACAGGUGUGAGCUUGCUGAUUCCUCAUGGGGCAAUUCCAGAAGACACUAGCUGGGAGAUGUACAUGAACAUCAAUCAGGAAAUCACCUGCAGUCUCUCUGAUGACGAGGUACUUUUGGGUCCAGAGAUCUCGUUCGGUCCACCAGGUGUCGUCUUGUCGUGUCCGGUCGCCAUGACAAUAUCACACUGUGCAGAAGUCUCAGAGGACUGGAGUGUACGACUGAAGAGACAAACACAUGGAGACAACUGGGAGGAUGUGAUGUGGAUGAAAGAGGAGAACUCUUCGUGUUACUGCGUGCUGGAGUCAAGACGCUGCUUUGUGCUUGUGGAUCAGCCUGGCCGUUAUGCCCUGGUUGGAAUGCCGAUCAGUGAGUCAGCAGCGAAAAGACUUCGUAUUGCAGUUUUCGGAAUCUCAGAGGAAAAUGCGUACACACUCAGAGUUUACUGCAUGGACGACACACCACAUGCCUACCAGGAGGUGUUGUGGUUAGAGCGUGCUCAGUGCAGUCGUCUCCUGGGAGAGCUGUGCACAAUGUUCUUCAGCAGAAGCUUCUCGAAUUUGCAGAUCUCCAUCCAGGAUGUUUCACCUCACUACAUUUGGAACAUCAAACCCUUCGCCACCUGCCAGGAGUUCCCUUUCAGUCAGGUGUGGUGCAGUACUGCAUCUCCUUUGCAUUGUGCCUUCUCUCUGCAGUGCCACAAUCCAGCAGCCAAUCAGCUCUCAUGUAAGAUCAGGGUGCGGCAGGUCAAAGGUCAUGAGCAGAUCCUGCAGCUCUGCACCACCAUGGCUGAGAGCCAAAAGGAAAUGGUGCCAUUUUCCUUUCAGUCCGAUUCUACCAUUUCCUCUCAGACGGGGGAAAAAGCUUUUAAAAUCCCCCUUUCCAUACGGCAGAGGAUCUGUGCCACCUUCGACACAGCCAAUGCCAAAGGCAAAGACUGGCAGCUGCUAGCCCAGAAACUGCACAUAAACAGGAAUCUGGGUUACUUUGCACAGCAGUCAAGUCCCUCUGCAGCAAUCCUGUGCUUGUGGGAAGUUCAACAUCAGGAACGAGGAGAUCUUGACUCUCUGGCCAGUGCCUUGGAGGAAAUUGGACGUGUCCAGGUCAAACAGUCUGGCAUUAUAUGUAAUCAGGACCACCCCAAACAGCAGGUAGUCAUGGGUAACAUGGACGAAACCAAACACCCAGCCAAUUCCCUCACCCUGAACUACUCGAAAAACUCAUCUAACAUCAUUUGCAUGAUGGAAAAGUCUGGAAAAGUGGAUGAUAUUCUUAUCCUGGACCAGGCAAGACACAACACUGGCAAAUCUCUAACCACUGACCCAACUAUUGGCUCUUACAGCAAUGACUUAGACUCAGAAGACACCUAGGUAAUGUUAUGCAGAAAACAAGCCGUUAUUAGCAAAGUCUACUGAAGAAAAAAAGGGGUGGUGACUAGGAGAAGUUCUUUCCUCGGUUGGACUAUGGAUAGACAAAAAGGUUUUGAGAAUUUGGGGUUUAAGGUGAUAGUGAUACAGUGUUUGUGUUUGUCAAUGUGUGCAAGAGAGACAGUGACGGAGGAAGAAAUAGACAGGCAGAGACUAGCACACGGAAUUGUU